GGUUUCGGGUUGGAUGGGUCUGGGGGCAGGCCUGGGGGAGAAGGGCGGGGGUGCCUCGGUGGACACCCCCAGGGGACCCUUGCCCUUCCUCGCCGUCCCUGCUGGUGGCCGCUGUCUGGCGGGAGAGACGGGUCUCGUGUCCGGCCUGGUUUGCCCCAGAGGAAUGCUAGACCAGACUGAACUGUGGCCCCGCCUCCCUGUGCUGUGCCAGCAGGGUUUUUGGAGCUAGGACACCUAGAUCCUGGGUCCUCUCUGCUGGGGUGGGGGCAUUUCAUCGUGCUCAGACCAUGCGGGCUGGGAUUCUAGGGUUUCCUCUUAAGGGCCCUAGGAUGGAGGCACAAACGGACAGCGGCUUCUUCUUUGGAUGAGUCAAGGAAUUGAGGUCACGUUAAUGGCCCCUCUUCCUAAUUGAGCUGCACUUUGUGUUGUGGGAACAGCCCCGGAGCUGAAUGUGACAGGACUUGGGGAAGCGUGGGGUCCCUCUAGCUGAGCUCCUGCUUGAGACCCGCCCCUCCUAAAUGCAGACCCAGGAGCUGACAACAGCACUGGGUUUAAAGGUGACAGUGAGAACUUGUUAUUGCAGGGACCGCUGUCACUUUGCUGGCAUCGCUAACAGACUUCGGCUCUCAAGGAAAGGUCCCCAUCAACAACAGGGACUUGAAUUGAGAAUGCAGAGUAAAGACAUGAGCCGAGGAGCGUAGGAAAUAUUUCUGUCAUUGUAAUCUGAGGGAGGAGGCAACUACGACCUUCACCCCGAGGGCUAUUAUCUGCACCUAGACUAUGUCUCUCUCUGCACUGGGGGAAAAGGGAGUUAACCUGCUGAAGUACCCUGAGUGAUUCUGCAUGGCCUUCUGCAGGGAGGCGAGGACACAGAAGUGUUUUGUUUCUGGGUUGACUGAGGAAAUACUAUCAUUAAGUCUUUACCUUCCUGGUCCCCAGCUCUGGUCAGCUGAAAGUGGAAGUGGAGAGACUUCUGGCACCAUCUUCCAUGGUCCUUUCAGGCCACACAAUCUCCAAGUAGCAGGGAAAAGGAGUGUGCCUGCAUGCCAAUUCUAAGCUCUUCCGGAUCAAAUGUCGUUCGUCCUGUCCAGAAUGGCAGCCUGUGGAGGCACCUGCAAGAACAAAGUGACUGUCUCCAAGCCUGUGUGGGACUUCCUGAGCAAGGAGACCCCAGCCCGGCUGGCCCGGCUUCGGGAGGAGCACCGAGUGUCCAUCCUCAUAGAUGGCGAGACGUCUGACAUCUACGUGCUCCAGCUUUCCCCACAGGGUCCUCCCCCAGCCCCUCCCAAUGGGCUCUACCUGGCCCGGAAGGCUCUCAAGGGGCUACUGAAAGAGGCCGAGAAAGAGCUCAAGAAAGCUCAGAGGCAGGGGGAGCUCAUGGGCUGCCUGGCUUUGGGGGGUGGUGGGGAGCACCCUGAGCUGCACCGUCCAGGUCCACCUCCUCUUCGAGCAGCCCCACUCCUGCCCCCAGGAGCAAGAGGGCUCCCCCCUCCUCCUCCUCCCCUGCCCCCUCCACUUCCUCCUCGUCUUCGGGAGGAGGCUGAAGAACAGGAAAGCACCUGCCCCAUCUGCCUGGGGGAGAUCCAGAAUGCCAAGACAUUGGAGAAGUGCCGGCACUCUUUCUGUGAGGGGUGCAUCACGCGGGCCCUGCAGGUGAAAAAAGCCUGCCCCAUGUGUGGCCGAUUCUAUGGGCAGCUGGUGGGCAACCAGCCCCAGAAUGGGCGGAUGCUGGUCUCCAAGGAUGCCACCCUCCUGCUACCCAGCUAUGAGAAGUACGGCACCAUUGUCAUCCAGUAUGUCUUCCCGCCCGGUGUCCAGGGGGCUGAACACCCAAACCCAGGAGUUCGGUAUCCUGGUACCACACGGGUGGCCUACCUCCCGGACUGCCCCGAGGGCAACAAGGUGCUGACCCUGUUCCGAAAGGCGUUUGACCAGCGUCUCACCUUCACUAUCGGGACAUCCAUGACUACAGGGAGACCCAAUGUCAUCACUUGGAACGACAUCCACCACAAGACCAGCUGCACAGGGGGACCCCAGCUGUGCGACUCCUCCUCAUUUCCCUCCCCCUGCCUCCUCCCCUUCUUUCCAUUUCUACUUUGGGGAGUUCUCUAUCCUCUCUUCUGGGAGUCUCCUAACUGGAGAAGACUACCCACCACUUCCUCAUUCUGUUUUCAUCCUGGUCUUCAUGUGUUCAGUUUACCAAACAAAACAAAACACAAAAACCCCUCAGACUCUAGCUUACCUUGGUUCUGGAGAAGUGGGGAAGGGUCUGAAUUUGGCCUCUACUGAGUCUCUCGAAAUGAGGGUGGGUAGUAAUGAGCGAGUCCAAACAGCUAACUCUGACCCUCGUUUCUCUUUGCCCAGGUUUGGGUAUCCGGACCCCACCUACCUGACCAGGGUGCAAGAGGAGCUGAGAGCCAAGGGCAUCACAGAUGACUGAAGGACAUCCCUCUUGCCACGGCCCCUGCUGUCCUCUUCACUAGGAUCCACCGGAAGCCUCUCUUCUCCUCUCUCUCUGCCCCCACACACCCACGAGGGGAUUUGUCUGACUGGGGUGGGAGUUCAGUGGGGAAAGGGACAGCCCCUUCCCCUGCCCCCCACUGGCCGAGUGCUUCUGUGCCCUUUGAGCCACUCCCCUCUGGCAGAGGCUGGUUUCCAAGGCUCCCCUCCCUGCACUCCGUGUACAUACUCUACGCCCCUGCUCCUGCAGUGUCCUAGGCUUCUCCUGGUAUGUACUGUGCUCCAGUGACUAAGCUGAGAAAGGACCUGGGUAGGAAGGAUGGAGGUCUCUUGAGCUCCAGCCCCUCAGUACUGUACUGUUUCAUUGGACUGAUAUUAGCUGCCUCCCCAGCCAGCUGUGUGUUAAGAUAACAGUAAUCCUACCUUAACGGAUCCUUUCUCUCCUGUGUUUGUCUCUGUCAGUCUGUCUUUCCCUCGCUCUUCCCUGCCCCUAUAAGGAGCCUCCUCACCCUGUUCUGGAAUUGCUGCCAGACUGUAGCUUUUAAUUUAAUAAAAAUAAAGUAAAAUAUGCAACUCUA